GAACACUCUUCAUUGAGCCUUCAGCAUUCCUCCACUCUCCUUUGUACACAGCCGGUGAAUAGCCUCUAGAUCGGGCUUUGUUGGAAUGAUUGUCAGUGGCUUAAUGAGCGUCUUUGCCAAGCUAGAGGCUUUGGCAACAUAUGUGACUACAGUGCCUCUGUUCCUCGCCGUCUCAAGCCUGUGUACGCCACAACACAGAGCGUGCACAGAUCUGUCCACUUUUCUGCUGAUCUGACCAAACUCGGGCUUUCAUUUCUCUCGUGGAUUUUAUUACCUGGAAUGGAAUAGUUCCUCCUCUCAUGGGCACCAGAGCUGAGAAUGAAGAACAUUCUUGUACCGCAUCUUUAGUGCGCCAGAGAAAUGAACUGAGACUGGGGAGGGACCACUCGUUUCCUGAGGAAUUCCAAGAUUUACUGUGAAACCAUGAGGUUGCAGAGUAGCCUAGGAUGUGUCCCUGUCCUGUGCUUGAUCACCUGUCUUUGUGCCUUCUACAAGACUGCAGCCAUUGACAUUCCACUGGAAGUUUUAGGUCAUGUAAACAUUGAGCAGCUGCCCACCAUCACAGCCCAGUCGCCGAGCUCUCUCAUCGCCUUCCCUUUUGACGAGAGCUUCCCCAUGACGUGUGAAGCCAAAGGGAAUCCCGAGCCAGAAUUCAAAUGGACGAAGAAUGGCCAGGAAUUCGACCCCUCGCUAGACCCCCGGCUGAUGAAAGAGGAGAGUUCUGGGACCUUUGUGAUACCCAAUAAUGGAAACCUUACAGAGUACCAGGGAACCUAUCGCUGUUACGCCUCAAACAAACUGGGGACGGCCAUAUCGAAGGAGAUUGAGUUCAUUGUGCCCCAUGUUCCAAAGUUUCCUAAAGAGACCCUCGAUCCUGUAGAGGUGGAGGAAGGCCAGCCCUUUACUUUAAAAUGUGACCCACCUAAAGGGAUACCUCCCCUGCAGAUCUACUGGAUGACUAUCAGUCUUCAGCAUAUCGAGCAGGACGAGAGGGUGUCGAUGGGCUUAAACGGGGACCUUUACUUCUCUCACGCGGUGGAGAAGGACAGCAGAAAAGACUACUGCUGCUUCGCCGCAUUCCCAAGAAUAAGAACAAUCGUUCAGAAGAACGCCAUGUCUGUCAUCGUUAAGACAAAUAAAAGUGUCAUUAGUCCUGAAACUGCUAAUGCCAUCCCUCAGAGGAGACCUUCUCUUAUGUUGCCCUCUGGUGGUGGUAGAUCAGAGGUACAGCUCGUCAAAGGCGAGGACUUGAAACUGGAGUGCAUUGCUGAGGGAGUUCCGACUCCACAGGUUGAGUGGGUGAAGAUGGGUUCAAAGCAACUCCCCAUCAAAGCAAAACUGGAGAAUCAUGGGAAAUUGCUUACUGUCCAACGCGUUGAACUGGAAGACAGCGGGAAGUACAUGUGCAAGGCAAAGAACACACAUGGGGAAGCUGUUCAUUACUUCACAGUGACAGUGGAGGGGCCUCCGGAGUGGGUGUCUGAGCCUGAGAGUCAGCUCCGAAUGAUUGGCUCAGAUGUGCUCAUCAAGUGCUCGGCCAGUGGGACUCCUCUGCCGACUGUAAUAUGGAGGGUGAACGGUGUACCUCUCCAGGAUGUUCCUGCUGCCAACAGGAAGGUGUUAGACGACACCAUAGUUUUACAUAACGCCAAAGCGUCUGACAGUGCAGUCUAUCAGUGUGAGGUGUCCAAUAGACAUGGAACCCUUCUGUCAAAUGCAAACAUCAUGAUUAUGAAUGUGCGCCCAGUGAUUUUGACUAAGGAGGGGGAGGAUUACUCUGCUGUGGAGGGGAAGGGAGCGAUGAUGCACUGCAAGGUCUUCAGCUCUCCUCCCUCUUCUAUCACUUGGAGUAAAGAUGAGUCCUCUGAGUCAUUGGAGGGACCAAGGUUUGCUGUUCAUGACAAUGGGUCCCUGGAGAUCCUCAGUGUGGAGAAAGAAGACAAUGGGCAAUACACAUGUGUCGCCAAAAACACAGAGGGGUUGUCGGCCGUAGAAGCCAUGCUUUAUGUGAAAGAUCCCACAAGAAUAGUCGUGCCCCCAGUGGACCUGCAGAUCUUAAUAGGAACCACGGCCCAGCUCUCAUGCCUGGCAGAGUACGACAAGUCCUUCAGCAACGACUUUGAGCUCCUGUGGGAAAAAGAUGAUAUGGAGAUAGCCCUCAACUACACCGAGAGCUCAAGAUACUUUGUGGAGGAUGGUAUUCUCCAGAUUAUUAAUGUAAGCCACAUGGACAAGGGCGUGUACACAUGUGUGGCAAGAACUCCUGUGGACCAGCAGACAGCCUCAGCGCUCCUCACUGUUCUAGAUGUCCCCGAUGCACCUGAGUACUUGGUACUAUCUGAACACAAGAGCAAAAGUGUGAAACUGAAAUGGAUCCCUGGAGACGAUCACAACAGCUCAACAACAGAAUUUAUUAUCGAGUACGAAGAAAGCCAGUGGGAGCCAGGUAACUGGAAGGAGCUGCUCCGAGUACCUGGGAACCACAACUCGGCCAUCCUCAAACUUCACGGCCAUGUCGACUACCGCUUCCGUGUGUCUGGUGUUAAUGCUGUGGGGAGGGGUCUUCCAAGCAAGCUCACAGAGAGAUACAAAACCCCCGCAGCAGCUCCUGACAAGAACCCUGAAAAUAUCAAAAUCGAAGGUCAUUUACCACAUGAAAUGGAUAUCAACUGGGAGCCCUUGUUACCCAUUGAGCACAAUGGUCCUGGUCUGGAGUAUAAAGUGAGUUACAGGAGACAGGAUGUGGAGGAGGACUGGAAGGAACACAUGGGGAAGAGACACUCUUUUGUGGUGAAGAACACUCCAACCUUUGUCCCUUAUGAGAUCAAGAUCCAAGCAAGGAACCACCAGGGCUGGGGCCCUGAACCCAAGAUAGUGACUGGCUACUCAGGAGAGGACUUUCCAUCUGCGGCACCUGAAGAUGUAGCUGUGGAGGUGAUGAACAGCUCUGUGGUCAAGGUUAGCUGGACGCGUGUACACAAGGACAAGUUGCAUGGACAUCUGGGCGGCUACAGGGUAAACUGGUGGCGUUUGCGCAGUCUGGUGGACUCAAAGAAAAGCCAUGGAGAAAAACAAACACUGACAGUCCCCGGGGACCGCAACCAUGCUGCGGUACCGGGACUGAUGCCCUUCUCUGAGUACAGCCUCAUCGUCAUGACCUUCAAUGGGCGGGGUAACGGCCCGGGCAGCCAUCCCGUCAACUUCAAAACCCCAGAGGGAGUCCCUGAGAAAAAUCCUGUUUUCAGGGUGACGGAUGUACAAAAGCACAGUGUCUCUCUGGACUGGGCGCCGCCAGUGGAGCCUAAUGGAAUUCUCACCGGGUACCUCCUUGAGUAUCAGCUCAUCAAUGAAACAGAGGAAGUGGGGCCACUGCAGACGGUAGACAUCAGCAAACCGGACACCACCAAGUGGACUCUGCGCGACCUGGAGUCUGUGAGCAAGUACAAGUUUUACCUCCGCUCAUGCACCACGGUGGGCUGCGGGCCUGUCGUCAGCGAGGAGGGCACUACCACGCUAGAGACGAGUCUGGCCAGCAUACACGGAGGAAUCUCCACCCAGGGCUGGUUCAUUGGCCUGAUGUGUGCCAUUGCUUUCCUCACACUCAUUGUUUUGAUCGCCUGCUUUGUGAACAGAAAUAAAGGAGGAAAAUACUCUGUAAAAGAAAAAGAAGACCUUCACCCAGAUGUGGAGUCCCAGGGCAUGAAUGAUGACACAUUUUGUGAAUACAGUGACAACGACGAGAAGCCACUGAAGGGCAGCCAACACUCGCUGAGCAGGGAGAUCAAAGCAGGGGACAGCGGGGACAGCCUCGUGGACUACGGCGACGAGGAUGUUCAGUUCAACGAGGACGGCUCCUUUAUCGGCGAGUAUGCGGGGCGAAAGGAGAAGAGAGCAUCCACUGAAAUCAAAGCCACCAUUCAGACCCCGGCAUGAGGAGUGGAACAACCAUCCAUCGCUGCCGCCCCCCCCCCCCCGACACCGUUUUUCAUUAAACCUGCUGGGAGGAACAAAUAAAAAAGGAAAAAUGACAAUAUCCAUACCAAGCACAGGGUUUUCGUGUCAAAUGUAAUGCGUCAUUGUCAACUGCAUACUGCCACCCAUAUUUUAUAUAGCUCUGUGUUGUCAAGUUGCAACAGAAUGACCAUUACUAAAUACUGUGUAUAUAUAGUGUAUAUUGUAUGUCAAGGUGUCUUUUUUUAAUAAUUAUUAUUACAAGUUUGGAGGGCUUGGAUUUCCUUUUUUUAAUGUCCAUGACUUCAGCUGCAGUACACUUUGUACAAAUGUUUCUCUGUCAAUGCACAUCAUUAAUCGCAGCUUUCCCUCUGAUGUUAUCUUGUAGCAGACCACCAGUGUUGGGUUACUCAGGAAGUGCAAUAGGUCGCUUUUGACUUAUUCCUCCAUCAGAAAGGAAAACGAUCACCUAUUCAUCACCUUUUAUUUAAUACUACUAUAAAAUGGCCAACCUAGUUUUAAAAAAAAAAAAUCCCAUUUUGGCAAAGCAGCAACAGUCAAACUUGGAUUAAACUGUAAUAUUAUUACGUUUUUAAAAUGUUAAUCCCUCACACGACUCCUUACUGGGGAGAUGAAUAAUAUUACACCCAGUAAUGUGUUACUGCCCAACACUUGGAAGCACAGAUAAGGUGGGAUAUCAAGUUGAUAUUUUUCAUUUGAAGGAUAUAUUACUGACCUUUUAUAUUUGAAAAAAAAUGUAUUAAAGAUGAUGUCAGAUGUGUAAAAGUUGCUUAUUAACUUAUUUUUCCCGGUUGUUUUAUACCUGACUCAAUAACAAGGAUAUUGACAUAUCGUUACAUAUCAUGAAUAGUGAUGCUUGAGUCAUGAAGUCUCUGUAAUGUAAAAAGAAAAAUAUAAUUUAGUUAUUUUGUCUUGUUUAGCAAAUAGAUCUAGUGGGAAGUAUGAAUUAAAAAACAAACUAUUUCAUGCUUUUUACGGCCCACCACACAUCACUGCUAAAGCCAACCUGGGAGAGAGCUCAAAAAUUGUAAUCCAUUAUCCCAUUUUGAUUAGACGUUUUGAAAAGGAUUUAUUCAUAACUCUUUUUAAGAAUUUGUAUAAAACCACACGUGCUUUAACAGUUGGGUCCAAAUCAAAGAAACUCAGAACAGUUGCCAGUAGCCCGCAGUUCAAACGAAGUGUCUGAUAACAAACAAGUGAACAGAGUAGUUUGACAUUUUGGUAAACAUGUAAUAUAACUUUUUUGUAAAGGCACAACAACAUAAUUAGGAACGACGCAUGGAAAUGCCCAAACACUAAAGUGGAAUUUUCUAACAGAAUCCUUGCCACACAGCAUCUCUAAAAGUCAAUGUUCAUCAUCUCAUAGUAUUAAGUCUUCAUUUAAGCACAAAUUCAUGGCAAAUAAAAUGCCAGUUAGAAAAUGGGCAGCUGUGUUUUAAGAAUUCGUUUUUUUCUACGGAAACAAACAAAGAAGGAAUACUUUGUUCAUAUAUGUGCCACAGAGAUCUUCUCAGUAACUCCGAACAGAUUAUAACUAGCCGUCUCCGCUACUGUCGGCUUAUCUUUAGGGCAACAACAUGAGAGUGGUAUUAACCUUGAAAACAUGGACACAUUUCCCAUAACACCAAACUAUUCCCCAUAAAUCAUCUUCUUUGUAUCGUAAAGAGGCCUGUAUGGUAAAUGCCAAAGUCUUCAAAAAGUUCAACUCCCUGCCCCAAGUUUAUAACUUGUCAUCUCAAAAACCAAGGUGACAUCAGUAUGCCUUCAGUACUUUGCAAAGGUUCAACAGAAUCACAGACUAUUCUACAACUGUUUGAUCUGCAGUCAACAAACUGAUUUUCAUAUUUAGGUUGGUUGAACUCCCUGUUAAGAAGAAAGUGCAUUAAACUUGUAUUUUUUUUCUUUUUGCAAUCAGAUCAAUGUAAUGUGGUUGCAUGAUAUUUGACAUCUUUUUUUUACUAUGCUGAGAUACAAUAUACUGUAGUCACUGUUUCAUCAGUCUUAGCCUUACUUUGUGAGUUUCGAUAUACUGCCGUUCAACACACAGUCGCUAUGUUGUGCAGCAUUAAUUUUAGGGUCAUAUUCACAACAGCAAUGUUUUGUACAAGUUCAGCCAUUGCAUGUUAAGAAUGUUAAUUGAUGUUUUUCAAUGUUAUUAAAUUGCUUUACUUUCGUA